UGAAGGUUAUAAAACGUUUUUAGGUUAUGUUGUCGUCUACGGAAGUGCGUUCAAUAUUACAUUUUAUUAUGAAAUAACUUCAAAAUUCGUGUGGAUAUAUGGUUUAAUUAAAGGAAUCUGUAAAUUAAAAUUUUAUAAAUAUAUUGUAGUGCUUAAAGUACAUUAGUUUUGUGCUAAUUAACUGUUAUCAAGAAGUGAUCUUCAAAAUGACAUCAAAAUACACGUGUAUCACUUGUCGUGUUGCUUUCAACGACGUUGAAUUCCAAAGAAAACAUUACAAAACUGACUGGCAUCGAUACAAUUUGAAACGAAAGGUUGCCGAGCUGCCUCCUGUUACAGCUGAGGAUUUUCAAAAGAAGGUUUUGAAACAACGUCACGAUGAUGCUGAAAUCUCCAAGCCUUCCGCCACCUAUUGUAUGGUAUGUAAGAAAUCUUACAAGACUGCCAAAGCGUUCAUUAAUCAUUCCAACUCAAAACAACAUCAGGAUAAACUUGAAGAGAACUCACAUUCUGUUGAGGAUAGUGAAACAAAUGGCACAGAAAACAUCAAUGAGCACUUGGAGAUCAGUUGUCCCAGUAUUGGGAAAGUUUCUAAGAAGAUUCCUAAUAAUGUCACUCAAAAUGAAGAUGAAAGCGAUGACUAUGAAACAGAUUCUGAGGUUGAUUCAGAUGAUUCUGGAUGGGAAGUUGAGAUAAGUGAAAACAAUCCAAUAUUGAAAAACAACUGUUUGUUCUGCUCCCAUCACAGCAGAAGUCAGAUAAGAAAUUUGGAACACAUGACACUGAUACAUUCAUUCUUCAUUCCAGACGCUGAGUAUCUGGUAGAUUUGAAAGGUUUACUGCUGUAUUUAGGAGAAAAAGUAUGCAUGGGAUUUAUGUGUCUGUGGUGUAACGACAAGGGAAAGGCAUUCUACUCGAUGGAGUCUGCACAACAACAUAUGACCGACAAAGGUCACUGCAAGAUGCUACACGAGGGAGAGACGCUUGCCGAAUAUGCUGAGUACUACGAUUACAGCUCCAGUUAUCCGGAUCAUGCCGAAAGUAUGGAGGUUGAUGAGGAAGUUGACGUGAAUAUCAUUGAUGGAAAUGAUUAUCAACUGGUACUACCGUCUGGAGCCACGAUUGGGCAUCGAUCACUCAUGAAGUAUUACAGACAAAACUUUGAUCCUGACCGUGUGGUAGCUCCUUACCGUGGGAAGAUUAACCGAGUCCUGUCUCAGUACCGUGCCCUUGGUUACAAGGAGAGCGACAAGCAACUGGUCGUCAAGAAAGCCAGAGACAUAAACUUCAUGCGGCGAGUGCAGAACAAGUAUUCAAUGAUGCUGGGAACGAAGGCCAACAAACUUCAGAAACAUUUCAGGCCACAAGUCAACUUUUAGUUGAAGAAUUGUUGAAUUAUGAAGCGUUUUUGUAUUUAGAGUCUUGCCGGUCCAGUGAACUUCCUUUCCAAAUAUUCAAUGAUACUUUCAUUCCAUUCGUAAUACAGUGUAUAUUCUAUUUUGAAGUGGAUAGUUCAGUCUAAACAAAUAAGUGACUAAAAAGUCAUAAAAAUAGAUGUGCUACUCCAUAUUAUUAAAUCCUUUGAUAAUAAGACCCAUAAUUUUAUACUAUAGUGAGGUCCAUGUUAUAAUGGCAGUAUUUGUGAUUAUCAAUGGUAUCCUUGUCUAUCAUUCAACAAAGCGGAUAGCGCUUUCUCUUUAUCGCUUUUCUCUGUUGCCAGAUCGACUUUUAACAAUGCAGAAUUAAUAAUUAAUCGAUAAAAUAUUUCAUCUUAAUUAUGUCAAUUGAUUAUUCAUUUAUUUAUCACAUUGUGUACAAAUACUUAACAUGAGGAAAGGCACAACAGGCUCAUGCCCAAAACUGUCCCAUUUUCAAUUUAUACUACUCUAUACUGUCCAAAUCAAAAUGUUGGUUAUGAAAUUAUUGAAAAAUAUAAUUUAUUGCUUAAUAAAAUAUAAUUGAUUAUUUUGAACGAGAAUGGACAGUUAAUAUUACAUCAAUAAACCUGUAUCAGUUACCGUCUAUAGAAGGUAUUGACAAGACAGUUUCGGCAACGUUGUUCUCCUAUCUUUCUUCACUGCCAUUAUAACGUGGACCUCAAUAUAGAAAUCACUUACAAUUAUUCAUUUCAGGAUUACCGUACCUUACAAGUUUAUUAUUCACAGAUUAUUAUUUUACAGAUAAUAGAUACAUAACAGAUUAUUUCUGUUUACUAUAAUAUUUUAUUCUUACACAUAUGCUACUUAUUAAUUGAAUUGAAACUUAGCCUCAAUUACACUACACCUUUCAAUGUUUACAGAUUUUUGAAACAUUCAAUAUUUAUUGAUGAAAUUUCAUUUGUUAUCAAUAGAUCUUUUCCACAUCAACAACUCUGAAUGCAAAGUUAUAGAUUCACAUGUUGAAAUGUUACUGCUGUAGGAAUUUUUUGUGAAUAAAAUAUUUAUUUCAUUUGAAA